AUGCGCCAAACGCUUCGCCGAUCCUGUGCUACAUGUGCCAAAUCCAAACACAGUUGCGACCUCCGCACGCCGCGCUGCUCUCGCUGCCUUAAGCGCGAAGUCCAAUGCGUCUAUGUUAACGAGCCAUUGACGGCGCCGCCGGCAGCUCCCACGCAGGAGGAUGGUGGAUUAAUAACUGACUACAGAUUGGGAUCUCUCGAUCCUUUCGAUUCGUACCCCCAAACAAGACUUCCCCGGAAGCACGUUGAACGUCUUAUCCAUAGCUUUCUCCACAAGAUAGCUUUCCAGUACUACCCUCUCGACCUGAGCGCAACUUCAAAUCCGUUUCUCAUCUCUUGGUGGCCUCUUGCUCUAGGCGACCCAGCUCUAUUUCAUGUCUCGCUACAGACAGCAUCUCUUGACGAAGAGUUGUUGGCCCAGAAGGGCUUUCAAACCUCCGAACUUCUUAUGGCCGAUUCUGUAGCUUUAGUCCGACGCAAAAUUGAAGACGUGUCACUAGCUGUGCAAGACGGGACUAUAAACUCUGUCAUCACCUUAGCGACUAUCGAAUUUGGCAAGGGAAAUAUCAACGUUGCCGAAAUGCAUGUUGACGGAGUGAAAAGACUGGUCAGCAUGAGAGGCGGAAUUAAUUCAGUAAGGCAGAGCAGCCCGCUUACCGCGAGAAUGGUUAGCUGGGUAUCGAUGAUCAUUAUGGGCCACCCUCAAUUCGAGACCCAGGAUGACUUCGGCAUUGGCGAUGGCAUACCUCCUAUUCCGGAAUGGCAGUUAGACUCGGCUGCCCAUUGUGGUCAUUUCUGCGAGCUCAGCAUUGAUCUCGACUAUACAGUCAGGAAUGUCUUCAUCCGUCUUCGUAACGUCUUCCAGCGGGCGCAACGGACAUCCUUCCCAACCACACGACUUCAUGACCUUACAUGUUUUGUCAUACACCGACUUCUACUCUCAGCUUCGGACACGGCAAAUCCUCAGCCGUCACCGGUUACCGAAUGCAUUCGCUACGCAACCAUACUCUACAUGUUCAUCAUUCAGGGGCCAACGUAUUACUCGCAUGCGGUCAUAUUUAAUUCGAUUGUCACCCGGUUUAUGGAGCGUCUCAAGCAACUCGAAUCGACACCUCGUGUGUGCGAUUCACUUGCUCUCUGGCUUCUUACGAUUGGAAUGGUGUCCUCGACUAGCACAACCCGUUACCAGUGGUUUAUGGAGAGAGCACAGGCUAUGUCCACUCCUCUACAGUUGGGUAAUUGGGAUGACGUCCUCGUCCGCAUUAAGAGCGCCCUAUGGCUGGAGACACCGCAGUGCGAAGAUAUCUUUCGACCUCACUGGGACGCCAUUCUGAGUGCUGAGGAUCUACCAGGGCCGCCAGGCUUUACGGCCUGUGUCUCGCCAAGCAGCACUGGCGUAGGAUUUCCAUGGGAUAUAAUCUCACCUGCCAGUUUGGUACUGGGCAGUCCAGGAUCAAUCAUGCCCUCAUCGGCCUCCAUGUUCACGAAGGACGAUUCCACCCCAUCAACACCUCCAUCUCGUCUUCAGAUAGAGACCCAUCGAUACGAUCAAUACGAUUAG